GCGGGGUGAAAGUUGAGGGGCGGUGACGUCGGGCCUGCCCGGGCGGAGGCUGGCGGGUUGGAGGCAGGAGGGAGGGAGGGAAGGAGGGAAGGAAGGAAGCUGGGAAGGAGCGAGCGAGCGGGGGCGCGAGGCGUUUACCUGGAGGCAGCGGCUUGGGCGCGCAGAGCGGCCGCGGCUCCCCCGCACCUGCGGCCAUGGAUGAGGAGCGCGCACUCUACAUCGUGCGGGCCGGCGAAGCGGGGGCUAUCGAGCGGGUCCUGAGGGAUUACAGCGACAAGCAUAGGGCUACUUUCAAAUUUGAAUCAACAGAUGAAGAUAAAAGAAAGAAACUCUGCGAAGGUAUAUUUAAAGUCCUUGUAAAGGAUGUCCCAACAACAUGUCAAGUGUCCUGCCUGGAAGUACUCCGCAUUCUCUCCAGAGACAAAAAGAUUUUAGUUCCUGUAACAACUAAGGAAAAUAUGCAGAUACUGCUGCGACUAGCCAAGCUAACUGAGUCGGAUGAGUCUUUGGAGAAGGUGUCAGAGUUCCCGGUUAUUGUGGAGUCAUUAAAAUGUCUGUGUAACAUAGUGUUUAACAGUCAGAUGGCACAGCAGCUCAGCCUGGAACUUAAUCUUGCUGCAAAGCUCUGUAACCUCCUGAGAAAGUGCAAGGACCGGAAGUUUAUCAAUGACAUUAAGUGCUUUGACUUGCGCUUGCUCUUCGUCCUGUCACUUUUACACACUGACAUCAGGUCACAAUUGCGCUAUGAGCUCCAGGGACUACCGCUGCUAACCCAGAUUUUGGAAAGUGCCUUUAGCAUCAAGUGGACCGAUGAGUAUGAAUCGGCCAUAGACCAUAAUGGACCUCCUCUCUCACCUCAGGAGACAGACUGUGCCAUUGAGGCCCUCAAAGCUCUCUUCAAUGUGACAGUAGACAGUUGGAAGGUGCAUAAAGAGAGUGAUUCUCAUCAGUUCCGUGUCAUGGCAGCUGUCCUUCGCCACUGUUUACUAAUCGUAGGUCCAACUGAAGACAAAACAGAAGAGCUGCACAGCAAUGCAGUCAACCUUUUAAGCAAUGUUCCUGUCUCUUGUUUGGAUGUUCUCAUUUGCCCGUUAACCCAUGAAGAAACAACCCAAGAGGCAACAACUCUAGAUGAACUGCCCAGUGAUCAAACAGCUGAAAAAGAAACAGUUUUAAAAAACAGUACCAUGGUAUACAAUGGCAUGAAUAUGGAGGCCAUUCAUGUUUUACUCAAUUUUAUGGAGAAGAGAAUAGACAAGGGAAGCAGCUAUAGAGAGGGUCUGACACCAGUUCUCAGCUUAUUAACAGAAUGUUCUCGAGCCCAUCGAAACAUAAGGAAAUAUCUCAAAGAUCAGGUUUUACCACCAUUGAGGGAUGUGACAAAUCGACCUGAAGUUGGCUCAACUGUGAGAAAUAAGCUGGUGCGCCUCAUGACACAUGUUGACCUUGGAGUCAAGCAAAUUGCUGCUGAAUUCCUUUUUGUUCUUUGCAAAGAGAGAGUGGAUAGCCUCCUGAAAUACACUGGCUAUGGGAAUGCUGCAGGACUGUUGGCGGCCAGGGGCCUCUUGGCUGGAGGAAGAGGAGAUAAUUGGUACUCAGAGGAUGAGGACACAGACACUGAAGAAUACAAAAAUGCAAAACCAAACAUUAAUCUUAUCACUGGUCAUUUAGAGGAACCAAUGCCAAACCCCAUAGAUGAAAUGACAGAAGAACAAAAAGAAUAUGAAGCCAUGAAACUUGUCAACAUGCUUGAUAAACUUUCCAGAGAGGAGUUGCUUAAACCAAUGGGACUAAAACCUGAUGGGACAAUAACGCCUUUGGAGGAAGCACUCAACCAGUACUCCGUCAUCGAAGAGACCAGCUCUGACACAGACUAAAAGCAUCACCUGCUCAACUCUCAAUAUUGCUUUUAUCAGCAUCUUUUCUCUGUAGCUCCAGGGGAAUCUAUUCUCUAAAACAUUUAUGCCCUUGCUUUGGCUAGAAAACACAUUAACUGGUUUACUCAUUGAGAAUCCAGCAUAUUUAAAAGAUGAUCCUGUGUUUUUUUGGUGAUACUGAGGCAUUCAUACCGAGCUGCAGUUAGACAGAGUUACAGGGCUAGAAGCAGAAAAACCAAUCCAUUUCAUCAGGAUGGAACUAAAGGAUUUUAUUCUAUAAAGCAGCCCUGGUUGGAUCUGGCAAUUCUGUUUGCCAAGAUUCUUAGCAGAAGAUUUAGCAUGUCCUUUCUCCCUGUGUGAGCUGCCCCUUCUCAAUCUCUGCAGCAGCCAGAAGCACGUGAGAAGCAGAGUGAGCUGGUAAAUAAACCCUGAGGCAAGUGACUCCUUAGAUCAGGACUGACUAGAUGGAAACAAAGCAGCUGCUCCAUAAAGUAAGCCCCACUCUUCAUAUCCAUUUUGUAUAAAUGUGUAGAAACAACACACGCACACACAGCCCCAGACUUAACAAAUGACACUCUAAAGCGUGUGUCAGUUAUCUAAAACUUCAGAAUACAUUUCUCCCUGUAAAGAGUUAUAAAUGAUGGUUUAGUUCCCAGGCAGCUACACAUGCCUAUUCAUUCCCUAACGUACCUGAACACUAGUACCAUAGAACUGAACCACCGUCUGUGUCAGUGCAAGGGAGUGUGCAUUCUGAGGUGUGGCCCAGGGUGCCAGGAACACACAUGGCCUCCAUCCCAGCAGAGAGAGUGGGACUUCUGAGCAGUGCCAGUUCUCUUGUGGUCUCUGCCAGGGGUGGGGAGGCAGCAGCACCCAUCUGUACAUAGAAGAGGCCAUUUACGUGUCUCUUGUCUCAAAUCGGGGACUGUGUUUGCUGGUCAGUGUGUGUUCUGCCUUUCUACCCUAUGUGAUCAGUUUAAUAGUAACUUUAUUUAUUUAAAAAAGAAAAAAGAAACACGUAGUUACUGCUAAACUGAUUAAGGUUAUUUUUACUUUUAGAAUUGGUCCUAUGAAGAAGUAGAAACUGAAUCAUUCAGUAGACAGUGAGCCUAGCUGAUCAGUGGCUAAAGUUGAAAAGGGGUUGAUUUCCUCUAUAUGUAUGUAUGUAUGUGUGUGUAUUACAUAUAUAUACAUAUAUACAUAGAUAAUGUGCUUAACCACUGCCUUUUAAAACUUAAAAUUAAAUAAAACAUUGGGGUUGAUUCAAUUUAGCCAUCUGCGUGUGUUUCUUUAUAAAUACAUGGGCUAAACAAUACUAUUUCACAGUUGAUGCUGUUUUGAAAGUACUUUUACAUCUGUUAUCUCACUUAUAAUAGGUAAAUUAUGUGAAGUAUUAGUGAAAAUGUCAUUUAUCCAGAAGUUACCUCUCUGUCAAAGCAACAAAUCAGGAAUUUUUAAAGGCCUUUAAAGCUGCCAAUAAAGAUGUCACAGUUUCUUGAGAUUUACUCAUAGGAGAGAUCGUCAAGAAUAUCAACUUUUAGCCUCUGUACUAAAAUCUGCAUACACUUCUAGCAUGUUUAGUUAUCUGGCUUUUAAGCUCACAAAACAGUAGCAAAGAAGGAGGCUGCUAGAUUGAUUGGAAGAGUAAAAAAUAUUAUUCAAGGCAUAGCAAAUCUGAGACUCUCUUUUUACCAAAGGAUAUUCUAGUUGACCUAGGAAAUGUGUGUAUAGCAGUAUGUUCCACAGACUAAUUCUCACAAUGAUGACCCUGCAUUUCUUUAAAAGAAUAGAAUACUUUUUUUUAAGGCUAAGAAGAAUAUAAUUCAUUUCAUAAUUUUCAUCCAAAAUAGUUGAGGGAGAGGUUGUGAGUGUCCUAUGUUUUAACAAACAGCAAAUAAAAUGACCCCUGGCAAUUCAUAACUUUAUGUAAAAAAAGUUUAGAAAAAAGAAUUUAAGUAUUUUUGUUACAUCAUUCUACAAAUGCAUUUUUGAAGUAUUUUUAUAAUUUCUACAAAUAGCUUUGGCAUGAGCGUCAGCUUACCUAAAUGAAGACAUGUUUAACAAAAAACCAUCUUACCAGCUUUAUGCAGCGUUUAAACAGUCCUGUUUAAGUAGCUGUGCUCUUCUGCUUUCAGUGAGUUGUUCCAUUUUGUGUUUCUCCACGCUAAGCACUAAGCCUCGCGUUUGAAAAGAGUGAUUUGUGGGGGGGAGAAGAUGAGAGCAAGCUCAUCCUUCAUCUUUCACAUGGGAAGAGAACUAACCUCUGUUGAGUGCAACUACGUGCUGGGCUUUUCGUGUAUGUUAUCUCAUGGAAACUCACUCUCAUGUAACAGAUCCUCUCCAGAAAACUACAUAAGUUACCCCAUGUCACAGUAAGGAAGAGUCCAAGAUGGUGGCCGAGUCCCAGCAUCACUCCUCUUCCUCGCCCUCUGCACUCCUGGGCCCACACUGUGCCUCUUUAGGGCUCUGCAAUGCUGGGAACAGAAUGGGGUGGGGAGGAUGGUCAUCCUCAGGCCAUUUUAAGCAAUAACUAUUCAGCAGUUUAAAGAACUUUUUCAGCAGGAAAGUGACCUGGAGUGAAAGUAUGAGUGGGAAACUUGCCCCAUUGGCACUAGAUUGCAGAUGAAGACAUGAAAUCCUUCAAGAUAGGCCAGAGACCAAGCCUGCAGGUUGGCCCCUCUACCCACCACAGGGUACAGAGGAGUGUCCUUAAGGUAUUGGAGCUGCUGCUGUAAAGGAACAAUCACCAGACCUUUGUGACCCUUUCAGCUGCUCAGUGGUCCUGGGAAGCAGGCAGGGCAGGUGUUAUUAUCCCUCCUUUGUAAGUGAGGACAUAGUCUGAGGCAGUACAAGUGACUCUAAAUACACCCUCAGUGCCACAUCAGUCUUGCCGCCUCCUAGGACUAGGAGGAGUCACCUGUAUUGACUUUCUCCCCCCACCCCCAAUUAUAAAAGUAAUAUAUGUUCAUUUUGUGGAAGGUUUGGAAAAUGGAGAAUAAGAAGAUUAAUAACUUACCCAAAAUACCACCGUCCUGAGAUAAUCACUGUUAAUGUUUUAGUGUAUUUCCUUCCUGUAUUUUUUCUAUGCAUAUAUAAUUUAUUUUACUACAAGAUUGGGAUCAUGCUGUAUUUACAGAUUUGUAUCCUGCUUUCUUCUUUAACAUUGUGAGCAUUUUCCCAUGUCAAUAAAUAUUCUUCAAAA